AUGCUCUCCUUCUCGACCUCACUGCCUUUAUCGCUGCUCCUCCUUCUCCCCUUCUCCUGGGCUUCCUUCUACGACAACCCGGAGUUCGACCUGCCUCCGGAGUCGGGCACUCCGUUGGACGAGUUGAAAGCCAAAUGGGACACUGAUUGGGGAUUCUCAGGGAUCUCGACCUUUGCCCACCUCCGGCAUGUCAAAUGCCUGACGACGCCGUACGAGCCGUUUGACAUUGGCAUCAUCGGGGCCCCGUUCGACACGGCGGUCAGCUAUCGGCCUGGCGCCCGCUUCGGACCCCGGGCCAUCCGCGCAGCAUCCGCUCGCCAGACGACAUUCCGAGGCUUCAACCACCGGGCGGGUAUCAACCCGUAUGCGUCGUGGCCGGCGGUCCUGGACUGCGGAGACAUACCGAUCACACCAUUCGACAACGCCCUGGCGCUGCACCAGAUGACAAGUGCGUACCUGGAGCUAUUGUCGAGACGGCCGCUAUCGUACACGAACCCGCCAUCACACAAACACCCGAAGCUGAUCACGCUCGGGGGCGACCACAGCAUCGCACUGCCAGCACUACGAGCGCUCGAGAAGACCUAUGGCCAGCCCAUCGCGGUGCUGCACUUCGACGCUCACCUCGAUACCUGGCAUCCGGGGUCAUACCCGUCGGCGUGGGCAAACACGCCGACUCAGGCAGACUUCACGCAUGGCACUAUGUUUUGGGUGGCGAGCGAGGAAGGUCUGAUUGCUAACGGUUCGAGCGUGCACGCGGGCUUACGUACGAGGUUGGGCGGAGCUGACUGGGGCGACUACGAGAACGACGAAAACCAGGGGUUCCUGCGCAUCGAGGCCGACGACAUCGACGCCGUCGGCGUUUCCGGCAUCAUCGACGCUAUCAUGGACCGCAUGGGCACCGAAAGGCCAGUUUACUUGUCCGUCGACAUCGACGUCAUUGAUCCAGGCCUAGCCCCGGGUACUGGCACCCCGGAACCCGGCGGCUGGACCACGCGCGAGCUUAUCGGCAUCCUGCGUGGCAUCGAGGGGUUGAAUCUCGUCGGCGCAGAUCUCGUUGAAGUCGCUCCGGCAUAUGACGGCAAUGGCGAGGGUACGGCCUUGGCUGGCGCCCAGGUCGUCUACGAGAUCCUCACGAGCAUGGUUAAGCGCGGCCUCAAGGAAAGAGGCGAGGAGGUUGUGUUGCAGAAGCCUGGGAAACACAUUGCCGCGGCCGCGGCCGCCAAAGCCAAGGCGAAGACGGCGAGAGAUGAGCUAUAA